AUGGCAGUGAUUGGUCACGUGAACAGUCACCUAUAUACCAAUGUAUCUAUCUUUGAGAAGAUUAGUAUAGACGACGACGAUAUGCCAUCCACAUCGUUGCGGGACCUAUCAUUCCGUCGGGCUGACGUUUCCAAUGCUGAAAAGAUUGUACCGAAUGAUGCAGUUCUGAUCCUCAUACGUGUGGAGGUUCAUUUUAUUUGUGGAUAUACACGAAGUGGGUGUAUCUGGCCAUUUUGCUACGUUGUUCCUGCUUUCCUGCUGUCGCCGUUGCCUUUUAUCCUGUGUGAGCAGCGAAAUUUUCCUAAGCUAAGAUCGUAUUCUUGUUUCCAUACAAUGUGGUUAUUCAAACGAAAUGAAGAUACUGCUCUGAUGCCCGUAGAAGAAUCAUUAUCCGAGAGAGAAUUUGAUAAGGAAUAUCGUGCUAGACAUUGGUUCGUCAUAAUCUCGUUCUUGUUAGCGCUAAUGGCAGUAUCAAUAUAUCUGAAUAAUAUUCUACCUGAUCCUCUACCUGCUUCUCAAGAUAAUAGUCGAUUUUCGGAACUCCGAGCUCGUAGACUACUUUUUGAACUUUCGAAUUUUGGUCCAAAACCAGCAGGUUCAGAGGCUUGUGAAAGAUAUACAAGAGGUCAUAUAUUGCAAGAGUUAGAGAUGAUUAAAGCGGCAGCAUCCGUAAAAUUCGAAAUAAGUAGUCAGAAUCCAAGUGGAUGUUUCGAUAUACCCAAAUUCGAUACGGAUGCGUUCACAAUUUGCUACCGAAAUGUCUCGAAUGUGGCUGUUCGUUUAUCAAAAAAGGAUACGAAAGAAAAUAGAAUAGCUAUUCUCUUGAACUGUCAUUACGACAGCUGGCCGACAAGCAGCGGUGGCUCUGAUGACCUGAUUUCCUGUGCCUUGAUGAUGGAACUAAUUCGCUUGCUUGCACAUCAGCCAGAUACUCUGAAAUAUGACGUCAUUUUCCUCUUUAAUGGAGCUGAAGAAUCAAGUUUGCAGGGAUCGCAUGGCUUCAUCACGCAACAUCCAUGGCGACAUGUGGCUGGUCCAUCAAAUCGGUGGUUACUGAACUCAUACCUUGCUGCAGCAGUUCAUCCACAUUGUUCUAUCAUUGGUCAGGAGGUGUUCCAAAGCGGGGUGUUUCCUGGUGACACAGAUUUUAGGAUCUUCAGAGACUAUGGAAGAGUUCCAGGGCUGGAUCUUGCAUUUGUGCAAAAUGGCUACUGGUGGCAUACCGAGUUUGACGAGGCUCGUAGAGUCACACCUGGGUCACUUCAACGGGCCGGUGAUAAUAUUUAUGCUACCCUGCUACAUUUGUUACAAUCCCCCUAUUUGGAAAAUCCAGCCGAAUUUGGCGAUCAGAAAAAUGUGUUCUUCGAUUUCUUUGGACUCUUCGUGGUAGUCUAUUCUGAAGGAGUUGCUAACGCAGUGCAUGCGAUAUUAAUUGUAGCUGUUGUGGUCUCUACAGCAAAUCACGUUCGAAAGCAUUCGGAUGUUUAUAAAACAGCUGUCACCAACUACAUCUUUGUAAUUCUGUCCAUGACUGCCGUGACAUACUUGAUGACACAUUUGACGCUACUGAUUUGGGGUGCAAUGCCUUGGUAUUCAAUUCAUGGCCUAGCUGUGUUGAUCUACGGAAUACCAACCUUCUGGGCAGGAACAAGCACGAUGACGUUUUUAGCCACUAAGCUUGAUCCGUCGAAGAGAGAGGAGUCAGCAGCGGCCAUCGAAAACGUGCAUCUAGUCAGUGUAGCCGUCAUUCUCUUGAUGCUCACAAUUAAAGGCGUAGCGAGCGGAUUCAUCUUUGCAUUUAUGUUAUUACAAGUCAUUAAGGAUGUACUGCCUUUGACAACUGAAUGGAGAACUGUGAUUGUUCAUCUAAUUCUUAACAUCCCAAGUUAUGGCUCAAAUCCAGAAGUGUUGGUCGCCAUUUUCACCAACAUAACCUCCUAUGUUGUUGUGCUUUCCUUGCUGUCAAUACUGACACUUACUCGUACUAACAGAAAACAAGAAGAGACAACUUUGAGAAAUUUUGUUGAUAUGAUUGCCGGAAUAUUAAUUGCUGCUGCUAUUGUUUUGUUAAUACUCUGUCGUCUUCACAAAUCUCCCUAUAAUCAUUCUGAUUCGUAUCCGGUUGCAAGACGGAUACAGCUGUUCCAUGUUAAUCGUGCUCUCUACAAUAAAGACGAUGGGGUGAAGGUGCGAGAUUCGGUGCUGUAUGUAAUUGCGCAAGACUACCGUGGCGCUAUGGACAUUCCAUUUGUCGAUGAGAAUUACACAAUACCAAAAUGCCAAUAUGAAAACCCGUACUGCGAAAUUCCUCUGUACUUCCCUACUAGGAGUCGGAUACAGGACAAGCAUAUUCGAUACAGAUCAUUUGAUGAUAGGCCGGAUAUACCAGGAACAAAAAUUAAUAUGGUUCAUAAAGAAGAAUCCGGGAACAGACUAAGCUAUGACUUUCUGAUUAAAGGUAGUGGCCAAAUUUCUGUAUUUCUUGUACCGCAAAGUGGUUGGCAAAUCGCCAAUUGCUCAAUAUCUGCCCCAAAAAUGGAAACAGACGACCACCCCCUCUUCUUGUUUCUGACGUGCAGUGGAAGAAAUUGUGGUGACUGGACAUUCAAAGUGACAUUGAAGCAUCCAGGCGACCCUGUGAAAGAUGAUGAGACACAAUUACUUAUUGGAGCAGCCAGUCACUAUCUUCAUGGACCAAACAUGCAGUCGUUCACGAUAAAACGUAUCCUCGCUGAAAUUGCAAAGAAUCGACAACACGACCCUACAUGGUCAACAACAGCAAGUGCAUGGAAUGUUGACAUGAUCUACCGAUACUUUUGA